AUGUCGCCAUGCGCUUUCAAUGUAUUCACCGUUGGAUUAGCAUUUGCGUCUACCACAUACGAUGUCGCCGUUAUUGGCGGCGGUCCCGCUGGACUCAGUGCCGUUAGUUCCCUCUCUCGAGUCAGGAGGAAUGUUAUAAUGUUCGACUCGGGAGAAUAUCGUAACGACGACUACGAACCAUUACACGACAUUAUUGGAAGUGACGGAAUAAUGCCUGCAGAGUUGCGAGAUAAAGCGCAAAAAGAAAUUAAGAAGUAUGACACGGCAGCGAUGAAGAAUGCAACUGUGAAAUCCGUAAUAUCCGCAACAUCGAAAGGGGACCUAUCCAACAAUGUUACAUCUUUUACGAUCAAGGACGACAAAAACGAAACGUAUACAGCUCGAAAGAUUGUCUUGGCUACUGGGGUAACAGAUGUACUCCCAGAGGUAGUUAUGAAAAUCAUUCGCAGUGACAUAUACUGGUGCCCGUGGUGCAGCGGCUACGAGAGUAAAGACCUGCCUAUUGGAAUUUUAGGCGACUUCAGUGAUAUUGUGGGCAGUGUGCUUGAGAUUGAGACUCUUAAUACCGACAUCAUUGCUCUUGUCAAUGGCACGGAGACCGAGCAACAAGAGUCUAUACUAAGGAAAAAGUAUCCUGAUUGGGAGAGGAUGCUGGGAAAAUAUAACGUUGAAGUCAACAAUGCUACCAUUACUAACAUUACCGUUGAUCCUAGCAGCAAUAGCUCUGACCCGGUCCGCACUUUCACCGUUGAGUUUGAUAAAGGAGACCCAAUUGUUCGGAAGUCGUUUAUAUAUAACUACCCUACGAAACCAAUUUCGGACCUCCCACAAAAUAUUAAGGGUUUGAAGAUGGACCAACAUGGGAAGAUAAUAACAAACAUGACUCACGGAAUGCGUACAAGUCUCCCAGGAGUGUUCGCUGUAGGCGACGCAAAUAACGAUGGAACCACAAAUGUACCACAUGCAAUGUGGAGUGCAAAGCGUGCUGCGGUUGCGAUCCACAGUGAGUUAUCCUACAAAGCAAUGUUCUUCAUUGAUUCUCACAUUUUGUAG